AUGUCUUUCAUCAGAUGUCUUCAAAAGUGUGCCAUCGGCUACCCUAGCACUCAACCAAUCCGUCUUCUCCUUUUUCUCUUCGACCUUGUCAGCGUUAUCUGCUUCAGCGUUCGUUUUGAAUUGGUCCAAAGAUGGGUGUCUACUUACGGCGAAGUACAAUAUCAUGACAACUUAACGACUGCGGCUUUGAUCGCUAUUCUCAUGCUCUCACUCCCCUGGACGCUAUACGUUCUCCUGCGGCCAUCAUUCACUACCUCGAGCCUCUACCCCGUCUAUCACGUCUGCUGCGAACUCCUAUGUUGGGUUGCGCUCUUCGCCUGUGCUACCACGAGCUCGUUGGACAAUAUGAAUGCUUUAUGGGAUGUCACAGGCUUCGAGUGCGAAGGACAAGCUAAUGCGUUUCUUUCGUGGAUCCUGCAUUUCAUCCUCUUUGCGAUUGCCUUGCGAACCAGUGGCUACUCGGAGGCUGCGAGAAGAAGGAUAUCUCAAUGGAUACCUACUUUCAUCAAGACACUCGCCCGUCGCCUCGAUUCGCGAAGCGAUGGCCAAAGCAAUCUCCUUGGCAUCCGCAUCCCACUUCUCUUACUGGAGCUCAUCAGCAUCAUCCUUUGGGCCGUUUUGUUCGCACUUUACCGCAAAUGGAUACCCAACACCCGGGGCUUGGGUACAUAUUUUUUAAAUGGGGAGUGGGAGCCACCCUCAGGCUUCGACAUCAGCAUCACUGUCAUGCUCGCAUUGGUCAUUGCCUGCUUCUUCUGGACCCUCGUUGUUUUUCUUCGGCCUCUAAUCACGGCCUCUCAGGUUCGUAAUGGGUACCAUAUCAUUCUGGAACUCCUCUGCUCGACCCUCCUCCUUUUAUGCGGUAUAGUAGCAUUCUGGUGGAACGACAUGAUCAGUUUGAGACAUUCUGUCACUUUCAAUGAACAGUGCAUCACAAUCGGGCCCCCGAUCCCUGGCGAAGAUCAAGAUGGACCCGUGCAGUGUGAACCCCAUAUGAAGGCGUUGCGAGGAUUGAAUUUUUUGGCCCUGGUCUUUGUGUACUUGAUGGCAUUGCUGCAUCUUGUGCUUUGUGUAUUCGCCUGUCGAGCGUGCUACAAGAGAAAGCGGGAGAAGAAUCAUGUGUACGCGAUUGGGUCGGAAGUUGAGUUGAACAUUGUGACUCGCUCGGCAACGGACGGGCUGGCUGCGGAGUUGAGCAGGAACCGGAGUGAAGAGCGAGUGUCAGAGGCUGUUCCUGCAUAG